CCAGUUGCGUUCGCCGCGGUCCUGUCUGUCCGCCCGGUGUCUGCUCCGCCGCUCCGCGCUCCGCGGCGCUCCCACCCCGAACCCGAUAACUCUGCCUCCUCGUUCACCUCCCCGGCUCCCGGUAACCCCCCUCUCUCCCUCCCCCCCCCCCCACCUCCACCCGGUGAAUGCACCAGCGCCGAAAACAUGACGGGCAUCGCCGCCGCUUCUUUCUUCUCUAAUUCCUGCAGGUUCGGGGGCUGCGGUCUCCAGUUCGAGUCUCUGGCCGAGCUCAUCGUCCACAUCGAGGACAAUCACAUCGACACAGAUCCGCGGGUCCUGGAGAAGCAGGAGCAACAGCAGCCCACUUAUCUGGCCCUGAGCUACAUCAACAGGUUCAUGACGGAUGCAGCGCGGCGGGAACAGGAAACCAUGAAGAAGAAGGCCACACCCAAACUGUCCCUGUCCAUCACAGGCGGAGUGUCCAGGAACAGCACAGCCACGCCUCCUCGCCACACCAGCGGUAACCUGACGCCUCCUGUCACGCCCCCCAUCACCCCCUCCUCCUCCUUUCGCAGCAGCACACCUACAGGCAGUGAGUAUGAUGAGGAGGAGGUAGACUACGAGGAGUCGGACAGCGAUGAAUCGUGGACCACAGAAAGCGCCAUUAGUUCCGAGUCUAUCCUCAGCUCCAUGUGCAUGAACGGGGGAGAGGAGAAACCGUUCGCUUGCCCUGUCCCCGGCUGUAAGAAGAGAUACAAGAAUGUGAAUGGUAUCAAAUACCACGCCAAGAAUGGCCACCGCACGCAGAUCCGUGUGAGGAAACCCUUCAAGUGUCGCUGCGGCAAGAGCUACAAGACCUCGCAGGGCCUGAGACACCACACCAUCAACUUUCACCCGCCCGUCUCCACCGAGAUCCCCAGCGCAAGAUCCGAGGCAAGAGCGUGUGGUCACACCAGUCACUACCCCAAACAUAGCCCUAUCCUGACUUUCCUGACCCGACCCUUUUCUACCCAUCCCACACACUAAAGGAUCAAGUGCGUGCUUUAAGUUGUUUCAGUUUUCCUUUUUCAUCUUUUUGUUUGUAUGGUAUUUUUUUUUUCUAUCUAUGUUAUAUCACUUGUAUUUUUUGAAAAGAAAAGUAUCUUUGUAGUAUUUUUUAUUGUUGUACAUUUGCACAUUCGUAUAUGCUAUCACGUAUUUUUUUCCUCUAUUGUUUGAUUUUCAUAAGGUGCUAACUGUAAAAAACAGAAAGAAAAGACACAAAAACAAAUGAUAUGAAAGAAGGGUGGAACUAAAAGAAGAUGUGAAACAGGAAGUGCAACCAAGCCCUGCCCCUUUCCCCUGCGCGCCUUUGAGCGGGAUGAAGUUUGACAUGAGCGCAGAUCUUUGUUCAGAAGUGGUUAACACUCCUUUUCCAUUAGAUGCAGAGCUGAGCUCAGAUCUGCGCCUCUGCAGUAACUUCUGGGGGUUGUGGUUUUGAGAGUUAAGUUAUACUUUAAAUAGAUAUAUUGAUAUAUAAACAAUAGACAGAUAUGUAUGUGUACAUAAAAAUAUAUAAAAGUAUUCAUGAGCAUAUACAUAAAUAGUUACACUUUAUUUUCAAGCUUUAUUUUAUAUAUUUUUGUCAGUGUUUUUGUUUUCUUUGCAUCAGUAAGUGUUCCUUUCAUUCCUUAUUUUGCUGAGACGGCCAGUUUUGUCACCUCAGAGGUGAAGGUCAAACAGCUGGCUGACUUUGGGUUCGGAGAGUUUUCUCUCACCACACCCUCGAGGAGCCAAAACGCCUUUCUGUUUGACACACCCUGAGUCAUGUGUUUUUCUGUUGAUCAGGAAGAGGCGCUAUAUUAGGACACGGCCCAGGCCAACAAUCCAUAUCUUUAACAUUUCACCCCCACGGGAAGCCAUCCAUGUAUUUCAUAUCUCCAGUGUUUUUUCUCAUUCAGAGUGCCAGAGCUGUGUUCAAGAGACUUAGCCGUGAAAGCGGGUUAAGCAACAUACUGUAUUCCAGUUGCCAAGAUCUUUGUUGUUGUCGUUUUUUUUUGUUUUUUUUUUAAAUCCAUGAUGUUGCCAACAGCUCUCCACUGCCAAACAUUGACCAUACCAUGUGCCUGAUGAGGGGGUGGGGGGAGGGAGGGUUUCACCAGGGAGGUCGCCGAACGCGUGGCAAUGAUUUUCUUCUUCAUUGCGCCUCCAAAACGUGCGGAUGAGUGGAUGUAAAUCGAAUGUUUUCAUGCAUGCUCUCUGUGUUGUAAGAAAGGAAAAAGUGUGCGAAAGAUUUGUAUUUGAAAGAGAUUACCAUCUACAACCGGUCAUUUGUGUGUGUUGUAGACAAGAGCAUUCCAGUUCAUUGGGUGUGUGUAUGUGAUGUGUAUGGGUGCCAUGUGAAUGUGUGUGUGUGUGUGUGUGUUUUCUCAGCGGUAUCCAUCAGCCUAUAGAGUGUUACUGUAUUCUGUAUGUUUCGGAUCUGUCCGUGUUGUCUGUGCCAGGCGGCUGGUUCGACUCCUGUGGAGCAGGACGGCGCUGGCAGAUGUUGCGUCAUGUAGUUGUAGUGGUGGCCAACUUGUUGCCCCCCUGACUGGGAUUUCAUCAUUCAUUGCCUCGAAGAAAAACAAGAGCGGUGCAGUGCAGCCGCGCCGCGUGCCAACACACAUUGAUUCAUGACAUCAUGUCCCUCAUCGUGCACAAUGUUUUUUAAAAUCUGCAGAGGGCUCAAAGCACGAGCUUCUUUGUGUUUCGUUGUUUUGUUGGGUACAGUGACCUCUGACUUGCACACACCCUCCUGUCUCUCCAAGCUGCUGUUGCCAUGGAAACCACAGGGUUAGCAUGGCAGAAAGACUUUUAAAUGGUUUUUUUUCUGUCUGGUAUUUGUUUAUUACAUUUUUAUGGGGUUAAACUAAUUAUUUGACCCCUAAUUUCUUUUUAACACUCAGCUCUUAUUAUUGUAAUUACCAUGCACCUGUAUUGUGCUUACAGUUCUUUUAACUAGUGUGCUACCUAUCAAAAAAGCACAAAUCUGUGUGCCUGAAUUACUUCCUGCGUCUAUUCUGAAGCACCAGUAAGAGAACCAAGAACUCUAAAAUCUUGGUAUCAGUUUCAAAGUACAUCUGUGGACUUAUACCCCGACAAUAACCCUGAGAUAAUGGUUUGCGUGCAACAGAAAAGCUUCAUUCCUGCCUUUCGGCGCAGGCGAAGAGUUUCCAAGAUGGACAGAGACUGAGAGUCUCCUGUCAAACACUCGUAAAACCAUCCCCACUUCAUGGACACCGCCAUCACCAUGGCAAUAGUUUCAGCUUUACACAGGGGAGGGGGGCUGAUUGCAGUAUUACACAAAUGGGAGAGGAGGAGAGGAGGCUGUGUGCAGAAGGAGGAGACAAGGGAGGGGGUUUUCAAUAUACCGUGUACAGUGAAUGUAUUGUAACGUGUGUCUGUUGUCAAGUGCUUUUAAAUUAUAUUUUCGUAUGUAACGUGGAGACCAAUGUUUCCUUUUUGUAUGGGUGGACAACAGGUUCUGAGCAGAGUGACUUGUAAAUGAUGUCAAACUGUCUUUCUAUAUAAAAGAGAAGCUGCUUAAAUGUAAACAGGAAAUGACUGAAAAACAAAAAAAAAAUAGUAAAAAAUAAAGUAAAA